ACGCCUUCGUGGGUAACCACUUAUGCAACUACAUUAUUAAUAAUCCUACCGCGCGUCUCCGCUCUUGUCCAGUCUUCCCACAGCCAAUAUGCCGACUGCCGUUGUGACGGGAGCUAACUCUGGCAUUGGUCAUGCGUUUGCCCAGAUCCUUAUACGAGAGGGUUAUAACGUUAUAGCCGCCGACCUCGAUGUAAGCGGAAAACUCACGUCGCUGCAGUGCGACGGAGUACAGCUAGAUGUUACAUCCCCUGUCUCAAUCGCCUCGUUCGUGUCGUCUUACGGUGGUCGACCAAUUGAUUUACUGCUGAAUAUCGCGGGCUUUAUGGCCCCGCCGGAUGAGGACGCUUUGUCCACGGUGUCACUCGCUACUCUGACCAAGACAUUCAGCGUCAACACCUUUGGCCCGUUACUCCUUACCCAAGCCUUACUUCCAAACCUCCUCAAAUCGGAAAAUCCAAAGGUAGGCGUGAUGUCGAGCCGCGUAGGCAGUAUCACGGACAACAGCUCCGGCGGGUCCUACGCGUACCGCGCGAGCAAGGCUGCUGCGAACAGCGUGUUUAAGAACAUCGCGGUGGAUCUGAGGGAUAAGGGGGUUGCGGUGGUCAUUAUGCAUCCGGGCAUUGUGAAGACGCCGAUGACUGGUAUGGGCGAGGGGAUUCCGGAGGCGGUUUGGCCGGAGGAGGCGGCGGAGAAGCUGUGGGGUGUUGUUAAGGGGAAGGGGUUGGAGGACACGGGGAGGUUUUGGCAUAGGGAGGGGUUUGAGUUGCCGUGGUAGGUUCGUGGUAGGUUGGUUGGGGUUGGGAUUAAGGGGUUGGAGAUUAGUAUGGGGGGGUACGUAGGGCUAUGAUUGCCUUGAGUACUUUGCCUGUUGGGGCUGUCUCGCAUAGGGCAAUUAGGGCAGCCCUGUGCUGGCCCCCUAUUCUUCUAGAGGUUUUACUAGUAGCGUUUAUAUAUAAGAUCCUUUUCUUCCA